CCGCGAAUUUCUUCUGUUUGAUAUCGAAUCACAGACCCUCGAUUUCAUACUCCACUGCGAACAACAACUGCCUUCAAUCGCAAUCAAUCCCCCAAGUUUUAGAUACUCCGCAGUACAGUGAUUGACUAGAUCCUCUACUUUCCGAGACAAAGCAGACUAUCCGACUCCGAGCGAACCUCACUCUUCAAAACCAUACACCAUGUCUCUCCCCGCCCGCACCGCAUCCAUCUCCCGCAACACGAACGAGACCAAGAUCCAGGUCUCGCUGUCGCUUGACGGCGGUGUUCUGCCCCCCUACGAGCCUAGCCAACAUUUCCUCGCGCCGACGGACCCUCAGGAAGCCGAAGCCGCGAAGAAGGGCAUUGUCCCGCCCAAGGAUGCCGCACACGCCACCCAAUUCACCCCGACGCAACAGAUCACCGUGAGCACGGGCAUUGGAUUCCUAGAUCACAUGCUGCAUGCGCUGGCAAAGCACUCAGGCUGGAGCUUGGCCGUUCGCGCCAAGGGGGAUCUAUACAUCGAUGACCACCACACCACUGAAGACACAUUCCUUGCCGUCGGAGCGGCUUUCACCGAGGCCUUGGGUGCCAGACAGUCUCUUGCACGGUUCGGUCGUGGUGACGCCCCUCUGGACGAGGCGUUGUCCUGGGCUGUGAUCGAUCUCUCCAGCCGGCCGUGGGCGGUCAUCAAUUUGGGAUUCCGUCGGGAAAAAAUCGGGGAUUUGAGCACGGAAAUGAUCACACACGGUCUGCAGAGCUUCGCUCAGGCGGCCGGCGUGACGCUGCACGUGGGUUGCACGUAUGGCGAUAAUGACCAUCACCGGGCGGAGAGUGCGUUCAAGGCGUUGGCUGUGGCGAUCCGGACGGCUUGCACCAGACGGGUUGCAGGCGAGGUGGGCGCAGGAGAUGUCGUCAGCACCAAGGGAGUUUUGUAGAUAUUGGUUGAAUUGUAGUAGGCAAGGACAUGUAUGCCACUUUCUGGAGUUGAGGCAUGGAUCCAUUACCCCUGCAACUUAUGCGUAAG